AUUUUUAGAAUCCAGAGCAUUGAGAAUUGCAGAGAAAGGAGAGAAAAUAGAUUUCGAUGGCAGAGAGUUCUUCAUCAUUCGAUGUGUCCACUUCUCCCACUAGCUACGAUGUGUUUCUCAACUUCAGAGGAGAAGACACUCGUGAAAACUUCAUUAGUCACCUUUAUGCAGCGCUGGAGAGGAAGCACAUCGAAGUAUAUAUUGAUUACAGACUAAAAAGAGGCGACGAAAUUUCACCUGCACUGCAAACUGCAAUAGAAGAAUCAAAGAUCUAUGUUCUGGUUUUCUCCGAAAACUAUGCAUCUUCAACGUGGUGUUUGAAUGAACUGAUUAAGAUACUGGAUUGCAAGAAGAGAUAUGGAAGGGAUGUGAUACCAGUUUUCUACAAGGUGGAUCCAUCAACUGUCAGGAAGCAGGAAAAGAGAUACAAAGAAGCAUUCAAAGAGCAUGAACUGCGGUUUAAGGAAGACAUGGACAAAGUGCAAGGAUGGAAGGACGCUCUAACCGAAGCUGCUGGACUCUCUGGCUGGGAUUCAAACGUUAUCAGGCUAGAAUAUGUUCUUGUUGAAGAAAUUGUGGAAGAUAUUUUGAAAAAAUUGAAUUGUUAUUAUGUCACUUACGAUCAAGGAAUCAUCGGCACUGAAAAACAUAUUGAAAGAAUUCAAUCCUUGUUGCAUCUUGAGUCAUCAGAUAUUCGGAUCGUAGGAAUUUGUGGCAUGGGAGGAAUAGGAAAAACUACCAUUUCUGAGCAAUUAUAUCACACAUUGGCAAAGCAAUUUGAUUCCCACAGCCUUAUUUUAGAUGUUCAAGAAAAACUACAACGAGAGGGAAUAGACAAUAUCAGAAGAAAAUAUCAGUCUGAACUUCUAAAGGAAGCAUCAUCCACUCGUUUAUCAUAUUACAAUGAAAGGAUCAAACGAUCAAAGGUCCUACUCAUUCUUGAUGAUGUGACCGAUUCAACUCUACUUAACAAAUUAAUAGGAGAACGUGAUAGCUUUGGACAGGGCAGUAGAAUCAUUAUGACCAGUAGAGACAGACAAGUGCUUAAAAAUGCUGGAGCUAAUGAUAUCUACGAACUUAAGGAGUUGAAUUUUUAUGAUUCUCUGAAACUUUUUAAUCUACAUGCUUUUAAACAAAAUUCUUCAGAAGAAAUUACUUACAUGGACUUGUCAAUAAAGGUGUUGAGAUAUGCAAAAGGGAUUCCGUUAACUCUCCAAAUUUUGGGCUCAUUGCUUUAUGGAAGACAAAGAGCAGAAUGGGAAAGUCAGUUGCAAAAGUUGGAAAAGGGCCAAGAUGUUGAAACUUUUAAUGUAUUAAAAUUAAGUUAUGAUGGGCUUGAUGAGGAGCAGAAGAACAUAUUUCUUGAAAUAGCUUGCUUUUACAGGGGACACAACGAGAUUGUGGUAGUAGAAANACUANANGANUGUGGUUUNUCUUCUNNNAUUGGAAUGNAUNUUCUCAAAGAUANAUGNCUNAUAUCUAUCUUGGAUGGUAGAAUUGUGAUGCACGAUCUAAUACAAGAAAUGGGUCAAGAAAUUGUUCGUAAAGAGUGUCCUCAACAUCCUGGAAAACGUAGCCGAUUAUUCAAGGCUGACGAAAUUCAUGAGAUUUUAAGAAAUAACAAGGGAUCAGAUACAAUACAAUGUAUAUUACAAGAUAUAGACGAAAUGGAAGGAGUUAAAGUACAUGCAAAAGCUUUCAAAAAGAUGAACAAUCUUAGGAUGCUUAUGUUCUAUUCUUAUUCUUGUUCUUGGUAUCGAGAUGUGUUUCUUGAGUCAUCUCUAGUAAGUCUGCCAGACACUUUGAAGAUUCUUUAUUGGUUUGGUUUUCAUCAAAAAUCUUUAUCACGGAAUUUUUGCUCACAAAAUCUAGUGAGACUCGAAAUGCCAUAUUGUCAUCUUGAAAAACUGUGGAAAGAUCAGAGUUUACCAAAGUUGAAAAGGCUCAACUUGAGUUAUUCUCAGAAACUUACUAGAAUACCAGACCUUUCCAUGUCACCAAAUAUUGAAGAAAUAAUUCUGAAUGAUUGUUCAAAGUUGAUUAAAGUUCACUCUUCCAUAUUACUCACCAAGCUCACUUCUUUACGUUUAGAUAAAUGUUAUGAUCUCAAUAGUGUAAUUGUUCCCAGCAAUAUUCUAUACAGAUCACCAGGAUUGAUUCUUCUUUCAUCGUGUGAGAAGCUUAAAAUGUUUUCAACCAGUGUACCUAGAUUUCCUCAUGUGAAACUGGAGCGUCAACGUGGAACUAUCUCAAGAUCCCUUCUUAUGAAACCGGAGUAUAAACCUGGAACCGUCUCAAGUUUCCCUCGUUUGAUACGGCGGUCAAAUAGACGUAGAGCUUUCCCAAGAUCCUCUGUUAGGAAUGGUCUGGGUGAAGGUACUUGCUAUUGGCCGUGUAAUGAUACACAUUAUCCUCUCUCAAAAAUAUCCUUUCUCAGGGAAAUUUUCUCAAUUAUUUUUGUGAAAUAUGAAGAAGAAAAAGAAGUGAUUAAUGAUAAUAUAUACGUAUAUGAUGAAAGUCCGGUACAACUCAUUGGAGGUGUGCCCUUAAACUUUCAAAGUCUCAAGAAGCUCUGUUUAAUAGAUCUCUCGCACUGUUCUUCCCUCACAAUAUUUCCAUUUGACCUUUCUGAGAUUAAAUUCCUAAAGAAACUUUGUCUCAGUGGUUGCUCAAAAUUGGAAAAUUUCCCCGAGAUUGAGAACACGAUGGAAGAUUUAGCGGUUCUCCUCUUAGACGGCACAGCCAUACAGGCACUACCUUCAUCCUUGUGGCGUUUGGUAGGGCUUCAAGAACUGAGUUUGCACUGUUGCAGGAAUCUUGAGAUAAUUCCAUCUUCCAUUGGAAGCCUCACGAGACUAUGUAAGUUAGACCUUACCUUCUGUGAAUCACUUCAAUCUUUUCCAAGCACCAUUUUCAAAUUGAAGUUGAGGAAACUUGAUUUCUGUGGUUGCUUGAGGCUGAGGACCUUCCCAGAGAUCAUGGAGCCGGCACAAAGUUUUGCUCACAUAAACUUAACAAAAACGCUUAUCAAAGAACUCCCUUCCUCGUUUGGCAAUUUGGUUAAUCUUCGAUCCCUGCAGCUCAACAAUUGCUCUGAUCUCGAGUCACUUCCAAACCCUAUUGUUAAUCUUAAGCUUCUCUGUAAACUUGAUUGUUCCGGGUGUGCCAAAUUAACAGAAAUCCCAACUCACAUUGGUCGCUUGUCUUCAUUAAUGGAAAUGUCACUGAGAAAGAGCGGAAUCGUGAACCUUCCCGAGAGCAUGGCUCAUCUUUCAAGCUUGAAAUCGCUUGAUUUAAGCGAUUGUGAGAAGCUUGAAUGCAUCCCACAUAUUCCCCCAUUCCUAGAACAACUGGUGGCAUUGGAUUGCCUAUCCAUUAGAAGAGUGAUGACAAAUUCUCUUGUUCCAAACCUCUCAGAUUCAAAGGAGGGUGUCUUCAAAUUUCAUUUCACCAAUGCCCAACAACUGAAUUCAGGUGCUCGUGCAAGCAUUGAGGAGGAUGCUAGGCUUAGGAUGACCGACGAUGCAUAUGAGUCUGUGUGCUUCUGUUUUCCAGGGAGUGCAGUUCCUCAUUGGUUCCCUUUUUGCAGCGAAGGACCUUCACUGACUAUAAAUCAAGAUUUAAGUUUCUGCAGCGAUGACAGACUCAUUGGUUUCGCUUUGUGUGUGGUUUUUGGAGUGUUAGAUACGAAUGAUAUCAAAGGCAGGCGCGGUUCUUUUGUUUACAACCUAAAAUUUGAAUCUGAUGAUAAUGGCACACAGAUAAUUCCAAAUAAUGAUGUGUUAAAAAACUAUUUCACAUGGGAUUGUAAUCACAGAGUCCUUGAUAAAGAUCACACAUUUAUAUGGAAAUUUAACUUGGAGAGUCUAAGGAGGAGCGGCAUGAACCUUAGGCUCAGUGAUGCUUGCAGCUUCACUUUUGAGAUCAGUCCAUAUGAUUAUAACUUUCAGUGGCCAGAUUACGACUCAGUUUUGAAUGAGUUAAGAUCAGUUGUGACAAUAAAAGAAUGCGGAAUGUGCCCUCUUUAUAGCAGCCGAAGCAAUGUUGCAGAAUCUUCAAGCUAAACAAAGGAAGAUAGGAAGAGGAAGGCAGAAAGGUACUUAGUGGGCUAGUCUCUUGCUCUUCUGCUAAUUGGUCUUCAGUUGGUGGGUUCCUUCAGUAGUUGACAAGAUUUCUAAGAUAUAGUUUGAUGUCCACGUUGUGUUGAUCCGUUGUCCCAAAGUUGUAUUUUCUUGAAACUGUUCAUUUAUCGGCUUGGUUAACUUCUUUAGCAUAUUUGGCUUUCAUGUGCAGCGAAGGCAUUAUGAAAUCUUGAGGAGCUGCAUUGCAUUUGAAAGGGUAUUUCGUAAAUGGAAAAUGUUUCUUUUACACUCCAAACUUAAAAAAUUCCAAUUUUACGACAGCUACUGUUUAUGUCAAUUGAAUAUCAUAUCAUAGUAUUUGGUUUGUGCAUGGAACUGUAAAACCAUAAAAUUGUUUGCUUGGUUA